GAAAAGUCUUCACUUCAACUUGUUGAUUCAAGAGAAUAAGGUGUCUGAAGCCUUCUUAGUGUUAGCUUGAACCAUUUAUUGAACAAUUGCAGUGAAUAUAACAAUAUUGCUGCACAGUUGGACAGUUGAAGGAAUAAAACACAGGGAGGAUGGAGCCUCUCAGAUUCCUUCUCCUGUUAGCAGGACUAGUGGGAACAGCUACAACCAAUGUCACAACAGUGCAAACAACCUCACUGCCAGUAAACACGACGUCAGAGCCUCUCGACCUGACCGCAGAGACACUCUACAUGACAGCAGAGCCAUUUAAUAUGACAGCAGAGCUACUCGAUACGACAGAGCCACUCGACACAACCUCAGAGCUGCUCAACAUGACCGCAGAGACAUUUAAUACAACGGCAGAGCCACUCGACACAACCUCAGAGCAAUUUAAUACGACCGCAGAGCCACUCGACACGACCGCAGAGCCACUCGACACGACCACAGAGCCACUCGACACGACAACAGAGCCACUCGACACGACCUCAGAGCUGCUCAACACGACCGCAGAGCCAUUUAAUACAACGGCAGAGCCACUCGACACGACCUCAGAGCAAUUUAAUACGACCGCAGAGCCACUCGACACGACCGCAGAGCCACUCGACACGACCUCAGAGCCACUCGACACGACCAUAGAGCCACUCGACACGACAACAGAGCCACUCGACACGACCUCAGAGCUGCUCAACACAACCGCAGAGCCAUUUAAUACAACGGCAGAGCCACUCGACACGACCUCAGAGCAAUUUAAUACGACCGCAGAGCCACUCGACACGACCUCAGAGCCGCUCAACACGACCACAGAGCCACUUGACACUACCAUAGAGCCACUCGACACAACCGCAGUGACACUCAACACGACCGCAGAGCCAUUUAAUACAACAGCAGAGCCACUCGACACGACCUCAGAGCCACUCGACACGACCGUAGAGCCACUCAACACGACUGCAGAGCCACUUGACACGACCAUAGAGCCACUCGACACAACCGCAGUGACACUCAACACGACCGCAGAGCCAUUUAAUACAACAGCAGAGCCACUCGACUCAACCUCAGAGCCACUCAACACGACCGCAGAGCCGCUCAUCACGACCGCAGAGCCACUCGACACGACCUCAGAGCCACUCAACACGACCGCAGAGCCGCUCAACAUGACAGCAAAGCCACUCAACACGACCGCAGUGCCCCUUAAAACAACCUCAGAGCCACUCAACACAACCGCAGAGGCCCUCAACACAACCUCAGAGCCACUCAAUAUGACCACAGUGCCACUCAAGACGACCUCAGUGCCACUUAACUCAACCUCAGAGCCACUCGACAUGACUUCAGAGCCAAUCAACACGACCUCAGCACCACUCAACACAACCUCUGUACCACUCGACAUGACCUCACCACUAUUCACCACGACCGUGCUGCCACUCAACACGACCGCAGUGCCACUCAACACGACCGCAGUGCCAGUCACCACAACCUCAGUGCCACUCUACACAACCUCAGCGCCACUCAACAUGACCUCACCACCAGUUACCACAACCUCAACUCCAGUCACCACAGCCUCACUGCCACUCAACAUGACCUCAGUGCCACUGAACAUGACCUCAGUGCCACUGAACAUGACCUCACCACCAGUCACCACAACCUUACCACAAGUCACCAUGACCUUGCUGCCAGUGAACACAACCUCACUGCCAGUAAACACGAGCUCAGCUCCACUCAACAUGACCUCACCACCAGUCACCACAACCAUACCACCAGUCGUCACCAUGACCUCGCUGCCAGUGAACACAACCUCAGUGCCAGUGAACACGACCUCAACUCCAGUCACCACAGCCUCACUGCCACUCAACAUGACCUCAGUGCCACUGAACAUGACCUCAGUGCCACUGAACAUGACCUCACCACCAGUCACCACAACCUUACCACAAGUCACCAUGACCUUGCUGCCAGUGAACACAACCUCACUGCCAGUAAACACGAGCUCAGCUCCACUCAACAUGACCUCACCACCAGUCACCACAACCAUACCACCAGUCGUCACCAUGACCUCGCUGCCAGUGAACACAACCUCACUGCCAGUGAACACGACCUCAGCGCCACUCAACAUGAUCUCAGCACCACUCAACAUGACCUCACCACCAGUUACCACAACCUCACCUCUAGUUACCGCGACCUCGCUGCCACUCAACAUGACCUCAAUGCCACUCAACACGACCUCAGUGCCACUCAACACGACCUCAGUGCCACUCAACACGACCUCAGCGCCACUCACCACGACCUCACCGCCACUCACCAUGACCUCGCUGCCAGUUAACACAACCUCACUGCCAGUAAACACAACCUCAGCGCCACUCGACAUGACCUCACCCCCAGUCACCACGACCUUGCUAUCAGUGAACACAACCUCGCUGCAAGUAAACACAACCUCAUUGCCACUCAACACGAUGUCACAACCAGUCACCACGACCACGCUACCACUCAACACGACCUCAGCACCACUCAACACGACCUCAGCACCACUCAACACAACCUCAGCGCCACUCGACAUGACCUCACUCCCAGUCACCAUGACCUCGCUGCCAGUUAACACAACCUCACUGCCAGUAAACACGAUCUCAGCGCCACUCAACACAACGUCACCACCAGUCACCACAACCUCGCUGCCACUCAACACGACCUCACAACCAGUCACCAUGACCUUGCUAUCAGUGAACACAACCUCGAUGCCAGUAAACACAACCUCAGUGCCACUCAACACGACCUCAAUGCCACUCAACAUGACCUCAGCGCCACUCAAUACGACGUCACCCCCAGUCACCAUAACCUCACUGCCAUUCAACACAACCUCACCACCGUUCACUACAACCUUGCUGCCACUCAACAUGACCUCAGUGCCACUAAACAUGACCUCAACGCCACUCGACAUGACCUCACCCACAGUCACCAUGACCUUGCUGCCAGUGAACACAACCUCACUGCCAGUAAAAAUGAUCUCAGCACCACUCAACAUGACGUCACAACCAGUCACCACGACCUCGCUGCCACUCAACACAACCUUAGUGACACUCAACACGACCUCGCUGCCACUCAACAUGACCUUAGUGACACUCAACAUGACCUUAGUGACACUCAACACGACCUCAGCACCACUCAACAUGACCUCACCACCAGAUACCACAACCUCACCUCCAGUCACUAUGACCUCGCUGCCACUCAACAUGACCACAAUGCCACUCAACACAACCUUAGCGCCACUCAACAUGACCUCGCUGCCAGUUAACACAACCUCACUGCCAGUAAACACAAUCUCAGCGCCACUCGACAUGACCUCACCCCCAGUCACCACGACCUUGCUAUCAGUGAACACAACCUCGCUGCAAGUAAACACAACCUCAUUGCCACUCAACACGACGUCACAACCAGUCACCACAACCACGCUGCCACUCAGCUCGACCUCAGCACCACUCAACACGACCUCAGCACCACUCAACACAACCUCAGUGCCACUUGACAUGACCUCACCCCCAGUCACCAUGACCUCGCUGCCAGUUAACACAACCUCACUGCCAGUAAACACAAUCUCAGCGCCACUCAACACAACGUCACCACCAGUCACCACAACCUCGCUGCCACUCAACACGACCUCACAACCAGUCACCACGACCUUGCUAUCAGUGAACACAACCUCUCUGCCAGUAAACACAACCUUGCUGCCACUCAACACGACCUCACAACCAGUCACCACGACCUUGCUAUCAGUGAACACAACCUCCCUGCCAGAAAACACAACCUCAGUGCCACUCAACACGACCUCAAUGCCACUCAACAUGACCUCAGCACCACUCAACAUGACCUCACCCCAAGUCACCAUAACCUCGCUGCCAGUCAACACAACCUCACUGCCAGUCAACAAAACCUCACCACCGUUCACCACAACCUUGCUGCCACUCAACAUGACCUCAGUGCCACUAAACAUGACCUCAGCGCCACUCGACAUGACCUCACCCACAGUCACCAUGACCUUGCUGCCAGUGAACACAACCUCACUGCCAGUAAAAAUGAUCUCAGCACCACUCAACACGACGUCACAACCAGUCACCACGACCUCGCUGCCACUCAACACAACCUUAGUGACACUCAACACGACCUCAGCGCCACUCAAAAUGACCUCACCACCAGUCACCACAACCUCACCUCCAGUCACCACGACCUCGCUCCCAGUGAACACAACCUCUCUGCCGGUAAACACGACCUCAGCGCCACUCAAUACGACCUCAGCGCCACUCAACAUGACCUCACCACCAGUUACCACAACCUCACCUCCAGUCACCACGGCCUCGCUCCCAGUGAACACAACCUCACUGCAAGUAAACACAACCUCAUUGCCAGUAAACACGAUCUCAGCGCCACUCAAAAUGACCUCACCACCAGUCACCACAACCUCACCUCCAGUCACCACGACCUCGCUCCCAGUGAACACAACCUCUCUGCCGGUAAACACGACCUCAGCGCCACUCAAUACGACCUCAGCGCCACUCAACAUGACCUCACCACCAGUUACCACAACCUCACCUCCAGUCACCACGGCCUCGCUCCCAGUGAACACAACCUCACUGCAAGUAAACACAACCUCAUUGCCAGUAAACACGAUCUCAGCGCCACUCAACACAACGUCACCACCAGUCACCAUGACCUCGCUGCCACUCAACACGACCUCACAACCAGUCACCAUGACCUUGCUAUCAGUGAACACAACCUCUCUGCCAGUAAACACAACCUUGCUGCCACUCAACACGACCUCACAACCAGUCACCACGACCUUGCUAUCAGUGAACACAACCUCCCUGCCAGUAAACACAACCUCAGUGCCACUCAACACGACCUCAGUGCCACUGAACAUGACCUCAGUACCACUCAACAUGACCUCACCACAAGUCACC